AUCCCGUGAUGCCACGUCGCUCGUUCCUUUGAUUCCUAAUGGACCUCCGCGUCCUCUGCUUCUAAUUAAUCACAUUCCCCCAUUUCGAUCUCUUCCUCUCUUUCUUCGAUCCCUCUCCUUCUAUUUCUUUCCACCUUGUUUCCCUCUUUCUCUCUCGCAGCCAUCAAUCCUACCACCAUCGUCGUCUUCUUCUUCUUCGAUUCCUUUUGAUUUAAAGGAGAAGAAGCGAAGGGGGAUUGCUCAUCAGGUACGCUUUGUUUUAUACUUAGUUUUGAUUUUAGAUUUAGAGGGAUAGAGGAUGGCGGAAGAGCAGAGAUGCCAAGAAGGUCACCGGUUGUGCGCCAACAACUGUGGCUUCUUUGGGAGUCCGGCGACGCAAAAUCUUUGCUCAAAGUGUUACCGUGAUUAUCGACUCAAAGAGGAUCAGGCAUCGUCGGCGAAGAUGGCCGUCGAGAAAUCCCUCCUCGCUUCUCCCUCAUCCUCCGACGAUGUUUCCACCGCUGUUGAGGCGGUGGACUCAUCCGCAUCUAUUGUUGUAAAGCCCGCUGGUGUUGAGGCUUCGCUGGCGGUGGGUGUGGUGGAGGAGCGGCGACAGGCUGGGCGGUGCUCGGCGUGCAGGAAGAAGUUGGGGCUCACCGGGUUCCGGUGCCGGUGUGGGGCCACAUACUGUGGGACCCACCGGUACCCGGAGAGGCAUGGAUGUAGCUUUGAUUUCAAGGCGGUUGGGCGUGAGGCCAUCGCUAAAGCGAAUCCACUUGUCAAGGCCUCCAAGCUCGAAAAGAUCUAGAUCUUUAUGAUGAUGAUGAUGGAUUGAUCGACGGCUUGGAUCGAUUGGGUGGGUUUGUGUGGUUGUGCUUGGUUUGCAUGGUGGUUGUGUUUUCGUUUUCUGUAAUUUAUAAUGAAAAGGAAAUGUUUGUCUAAUCGUUGCUUGCGUGUGUGAUGGUGCAAGUCGAAUGAAGUUAUGUUUCUUAUGUUU